UGUUUAAUGACUCAGCUGUUUUUUCCAAAAAAAAAAAGAUUUAAAAUCCUCAGUGGUUGCAAAAACCUUUCCAAAAUUAUUUACUCUUCUAAUCCUUGAUUCAAAGUAUACAACCAUAGUCAAAAAUUGAGUCAAACGAAGAAUAUGAUAUAAAAGAAAAAAAAUUUAAAACAUUGUAAAAGUUUCGAAAAUUAAAUUAGAAGAAAUAUUUAGAUGAAUCAUAGUAAUACAUUUUUUUUAACAAGAUAUACGUUGGACACUAAACCAUGAUAUACUGAAACUCAUAUGAAAAUUGGCAUAUUUUAUUAAAAUCGAUAUAUUUUAAGAAAUCUCAGAAUACAUUUAAAACCUCAGGGAAAUAUAUAAAAGAUUCAAGGUAUUAGCUCUUUGGAACAGUAAACAUUGUGAGCCUUCUGGAGAUUCCUUCGAUUUUGAGUGGUUUUCAUUUUUUCUUUUUAAAAUGAAGUGUAACAAGUGUUUUUGGAAGACUUUUACUUCAAGAACUACAAUAAAGAGAUUUGUUAGCACCGAACCAAGCGUGAGUGACAAACUUCGAAAAAAUGAGAUCUUCAAGAAGUACGAAUCGGGUUUCGCCAUCAGCCACCUCUACGCUAACAAGGUCGGAGCGCACACUCCUAUUCAGGAGACCUGGGCUGAAGCGCGGAGCCUGCACAACAAGGAUAUAAUGUUUGGGGUCUUCGAUGGUAACAGUGGUUCUGCUUGCUCUCAUGUCGUAGCUAAGCGCCUUUUCGCUUAUCUGCAAGCAUCACUACUUCCCAAGAGGUUCCUUGAGGAGUGCAUCAAUUCCAUGGCGAAAUAUGAUCAGAAGAUCAAGUUCCUAGACUCUUUCCAGGACAGAUACUUCUUCUUACAAGAUUAUCAGAACGUAUACGAGGACAGCUACAGAGCCUUCAUAAAGGAGCUGGCGGAAGAAGAGCCGAUGGACUUGGAGGAAUCCUUGAAAAGGGCCUUCGAAAGGCUAGAUUUGGACAUGUCCAAAGAGGCCAUGGACGACAACACGAACGACAAGCGGUUCCUCUGGGUAGCCAUGACUGGAUCGGGAGCGACGGUGCUGCACCUGUCGGGACUGAAGGCAACCCUGAGCACGGCCGGGGACUCCCUGGUGGUGGUCGGGACGGAGGACGGCAGGAGCAAGGUCCUCACUCCGGAGCACAACGUUGAGAACGAGAAGGAGGUCAAGAGGGUUCUUCUGGAGCAUCCCGGCGAGGAAGGGUUGGUGAGGGACGGCCAUCUUCUCGGGGCACUCACGGCGCUCAGGUCCUUCGGGAACUUCAGGUACAAGUGGGACAAGGACAUGAUCACCAGGUUCCUGGUUCCACACUACGGGGAGAGCGUCGUACCCGAGCGCAGCCUGACUCCCCCCUACAUCACCGCCAGCCCGGACAUCGGCAGUUACACCAUCUGUCCUGAGGACAAGUUCAUUGUGAUCGCGUCCGAUGGCAUCUGGGACAUCUUCCCUCCGGAGAAGGUAGUGAAUAUCAUCCUGAACCACCAACCUGUCCAUCAAGCGGUAAAGCUGUUGACGGCGCCGUACAAGAAGUUUCAACAGGUCCGCAGCAUCCUCAGGAAGGAAGACUUCAAAGAGGAAGUGGAGGUCAUGGACUCUCCUGCUACUCAGCUCAUCCUCGAAGGCCUCAUCAGCGCCACUAAACUCCUCCAACUUCCGGACAAGUUCGUCAGAAACGUCCGGGACGACAUGACGGUCCUCAUACUCUACAUCGACCAGAACUUCGUCAAGGUCCACGCCAAUGAACAAGAAUCCGUCAAGUACAAGGAUUCGGAAUACGUCAAGUCUGAAUUCAUAAUAUGAAUGUCCAUUACCUCUGGUUGUUUACUAACUGGGUGUAUGUAAUAAAGAUUUUUGCAAUGUUUACUUGUAAUGAGUUGUAUUAUAAUG